AUAUCUUAAAUUAAACGCGCGACCGGAGUGGUGCGAGGGUGCGUGGUGCGUCGUGCGUGCGGGUGUCGCGAGCGUGUCCGGACGCGUCGGAGAGAUCCCGCCGGGACGUCGGACCGGGUACGGUGCUAAAAGAGGGAAAAAAAGGAGCCUCCUCCUCCGUGAGCCGAGUGAGGGCGAGAGAGAGAGAGAGCGAGAGAGCGAGACAGAAGAUAAGUAGAAACAGAAAGAGAGAGAGAGAGAGAGAGAAAGAGAGAGAACGGGUCGCGCGAGGAGGCUUCGACGAGGGAGUGCCAUGCGUCGCGAAUCUUGUCCGCUCUGAACACGGCUCGGCUCUACACUCCCGUCGUACGUACUCGCGUCGUUCGUGCGCGACUCGCGCUCAGUCUACGUCCACGUCGUCAUCGUUAUCUUCGUCGCCACCGCUGCCGCGGAGCCGAGCGGCGCGAUCCGUGCGACGGAUCUCUUGGAAUGCUCUCGGGCUCUACCUGACACUACGUGGCCGAUUAGUCCACACAGAGGGUGUAAUGAGUGACAAGCGCGAUUGAAAGGAUCACACACCCACCCCCCUCCUCCUCCGAGGUAGCAAUGUUCUCGUCCUCGUAGGAGAGGCGCUCGGCAACUGGAUUUAGGGGUCAUCAGAGGUGACUGCUGCAUGUCUUCUGGCGCCGAUCCGCGUGCUCGUCCUCGUGGAUCUCUAUGUUUCGGAGAAAUACACGAAAGGAGACGCUGAAAGAAAGACUAAAAACAUGGGAUGCAACGUGGGCCGAUGCCUCGGUCCACGCAAUACGAGGUACCCUGGAUCAGGAUUCAUGGCAGCCAUUAGGAAGAAGUUAGUUAUUGUGGGUGACGGUGCUUGUGGUAAAACAUGUCUACUCAUAGUGUUCAGCAAAGACCAGUUUCCUGAGGUGUACGUGCCCACAGUAUUCGAGAACUAUGUCGCCGAUAUCGAGGUGGACGGCAAACAGGUGGAGCUGGCUCUUUGGGACACAGCUGGACAAGAAGACUACGACAGGUUGCGUCCGUUGUCAUAUCCAGACACGGAUGUUAUUCUAAUGUGCUUCUCCAUCGACAGUCCCGAUUCCUUGGAGAACAUUCCCGAGAAGUGGACACCGGAGGUGAAGCACUUCUGCCCGAACGUGCCCAUUAUCCUUGUGGGAAACAAAAAAGACUUGCGCAAUGAUCCUAACACCAUCAAGGAGCUAAGCAAGAUGAAACAAGAGCCAGUUAAGCCCGAGGAAGGUAGGGCUAUGGCUGAGAAAAUCAACGCUUUCGCCUAUCUUGAGUGUUCCGCCAAGAGCAAGGAAGGUGUAAGGGAAGUUUUCGAAACGGCGACCCGAGCUGCAUUACAAGUAAAGAAGAAGAAGAGAGGAAGAUGUAGGCUUCUUUAAAGUGUUACGAUAUAAUGUCUUAUCUACAAAAAUAUACUGUUUUAACAGCAAGACAUCCGGAAUUUUUCAUUCCUGCGCACCAAUUACCGCGCCUGACUCGUAUUUGCCGCUUUAUUAGAAUCUUUACUUUGUCUUUAAUUAUUUUACUAAAACGAGUCUACAGCAGCAAAAAAUUAGUAAAAAAAGGGAAAGCGUCGCAGAUACAUAUAUAUCUAAUAAUGUUGUAUACCAUCAUCAAUCGAAAUCAGAAGGACUUGAAUACUAAGCAAAUUCGAUACAAGUAUACUUAUAAUUGUACGGAAUAUUAUUAUACAUAUAUAUUAUAAUGACUAUUUUGAUUGUGUAUUUUUUAACAGUAAUGAAUUGUGCUUCGAGUUUAAAACAAAAGAAUUGAUUGUCAUACCAACUAUCUUAUGGAACACGAUUAUCCUUAUCAUUGUAGUAAUUAUUAUUAUUACUAUUAUUGCUAUUUCUCAUUAUUAAUAUUAUAAUUAUUAUAUGCAUUCUACAUCUUUGUUUUUUUAUCGUAGUGUCUUUAUUUUGGUAAUAAACAAAAUAAAAGAAAAAUUUUGAGCGAGUUGGGAGAGAAUAUCAAUAAGAAACAUGUGAAACAAGCGUAACAAUUGCGAAAUGCAGUCAAAGAGUAAUAUAAGAACUCAGCGAAACAGUUCAAAAGAACUUUGAACUUCUUGCAUCUCGCCUUUUUUAUUAAAAAUUGUCGCUACAAUUUUGCGACUUUUAAACGAAAAAAAAAAUUAAUGGACAUUUAUUGCAUUCUAAACGCGCGUAGGUAGACCAGCAAAUCAUUUGGAUCUUUAAGAUACCAAUUAGAUUAAAUGUGUGUAUUAUUAUAUUUUAUUAUUAUUAUAUUAUCUUAUAAUUAUUGUAUUAUGAUGAUACUAACAUAAUGGAGAUUAUAACAGCGGCUACAUUUAUAUUUAUGUAUUUCGGGUAACGCGUUCUUUGUGUCCGACCAAGCCGCCACUAGACUUGCGGUUUGCGCUUUUUUAUACGCACACAUACGCCAUCGAUAUCUUUAGCGUAUGAUGUACUAAACUCGGAGAUUAUCGUCGUCGCCUGUAUCUCGCGCACAGCGACACGCGUACGUCUUCGCUUUGAUUUUACCGUGUGUGCCACAAUUGUAGAGCCGAGCUGCUUCGCAAAAUUUACACCAAUAUUUGACCUAUUUGUUUCCGCCAUAAGUUCUUCCUGUUUCGCUUGUGCUAUUCUUACUACGCCAAGAUGAAAAAGAGAAAGGAUGAUGCUAACUCGUCUUCUUUUGUAGAUCCGUCUAAUCUGUAAGAACUUUUGUAAUGAAAUUGUGUCUUCACCAAAGGUGUUGAAUUAACGGUCGCGUAACGCGGUGCGCCUCCCACGGCCGUUAAUUCAACGGGGCUCGACUGCGGAAUUGUGUUCACUAAGUUCUCUCUUCGUUUCUCGAAACUAUUUAGCGAGUAGUAGAUCUUGUUAUUACACGCAGUACGCUUUUACGGGACUUCUCAAAGCCGCCUGAAGGAAAAGGAAGCUUAGCGACACAACUUAAGAUACUUCUGCCAUGAGCGAACGCGCGCACGACGGAUUCGAAGAAAGUAAAGAAAAAAGAAAGACUGAGGGAGAGAAAGGGAGGGAGGGAAAGAGAGUAAAAGAGAUAGCGAUAGAAAGGGAGAUGUAUAUUAAGCAAUUAAGUGUGCCUGAGUUAAUGAGUGCUUUGGGAAACACGUGUCGAAUACACGCUCCGCUCCUUUGUGCAGGUCGCGCGCCGCUGCGAAGCUCGAAAGUGUUCUUUUUAUAAUGAGUUUCGUGGAUAUAUACCGUUAUAUAUAUAUAAAUAUAUAGAUAUAUAUAGAUAUACAUAAUUAUAUAAUAUUGUAUCAAUUACGCACCCGAGAUAUUGUAUAUACAUACAUGAUAUAAACUUUAUCAUUCUCGCGUAUUACGAUAAACGUACGCGCGUCGAUCGAGAUUCGAGUACCGUUUUCCAGAGCACACACACAAACACACAUUUACACAUACAACACAUAAAUACUUCCGUCGCAUGAUAUGAUUAGAAAAAAGAUAGAGAGCAAUAAGCAAAAAUUAACGGGUUUGAUUGUCUAGAAAGACUUGGGCCUUCUGAUAUUAACAUGGAAUUGAUCAACGUGUAUUCGAUAUGAAUAAGCCGUCCUUUUCGACGAGCUGAUGCCGAAUAAAGAGAAAACGCAUAUAUCUUGUAUGUUCGCACAAAUACAUACACACACAGGCACACGAAUGAGAAGUACUUUUUCCUAAAAGGCUCCGUAAACCUCGAGUUUUAUCGACAAACGCGAUCUUAUAUAAUCGCCGUAAGCUAAUUUAUCUUUUUCACAAGUAGACGAGAUAUUUUGAGACUCGUGUUUAACUGGUUUGUACGCGAAGAACAAAAAGAAAAUUAAGAAAAAUAGAAGUAUCGGCAGUUUUUUCCGAUGUGUGUGUGUGAAUAAAUCCGAUUUUUACGAUCAGGAAAAACAUUAAGGGAUCGUCGAUCUUGACAUCCGAAAUCUUUCUACCGGGCUCACACAAAACCCUUUUCUGCAAAACUACUAAUUAGCUUUUGUAUGUAAGACUGUAUGAUUAACCUAUGAACGCUAUGAUAACAAAUUGUAACUAACAAUAAACAUUUCUUAUGACGAUAUAUUCGGUCGUACUCAUGGAUGCGGCACCUGUUGCGAGAGAAUUAUACUUGCGUUGGAAUAUUUUCUUUUAUUUAACAUGAUACUCAAUUAUUCGUAUGUCAUAAAUGAUUGUUAUAAUUAGU